AUCCCUACCUUCCAAAACUAGUCGCUGGGCAUGAAGAAACGUGUAAAAACAGGGCACCAACCCGCGGGAACAGAGACUUCCGAGGGAAUUGCUAUUUCCAAUUCGGGUCUUUUUUUUUUAUAUUUUUAUUAUCGGUCUCUCUCGUGCAAUAAAGACGAUUCUUUUACCAGAUUGGAGCUCUGAAUCCAGCGAAAAAGAGAGUAGAAAUAGUUUUAUGCACUCGCUUGACAUGAAAGCAAUGCCCUGUUUAGGGACUUCAAUCAAAAGAGAAGACAGAAGAAGAUUCUUAGGUGGGCUGCUUGACCUAGAAAGCCACCGCCAAUCCUAUUUAGGUGCCCUGCACAACCCCUCAUCUCCCAAUUUAUUUUCAGUUUAAUUUCACAAACACAAUCUCUCUCUCUCUCUCUCUCUCUCUCUCUCUCUCUCUCUCUCUUCACUUUUCAAUUUCCAUAUGUAUCUGUUACCCUUCUGCUAAUUUUCUGCAAUGGUCAGUAUUAUUAACAUCCUUAAUUCACUAACCCUUUUGGUGGAACUCAUUAAAUGUGCCUUAAUUUUCUAUUUCGCGUGAUCAUUGGAUCAAUUCAAUGUAAACAACAAUUCUGAUUCCAGUACAUUUGUGUAUCAAUUUUUCUCCCACCUGCUGCUCUUCCAAUCCGAUUCGACUGGACAACUGAAAAUCUGGUUCUCAUCACAUCCUUUAAAUUCUUUCUAUUUAUAUCACUCCCUCCACAUUUCAUUUUCCCCAUCUCCCUCCUCUGUUCUAUCUCUCUCUCUCUCUCUCUCUCUCCGAAAAACAGAGGAGGCGGAGGAGGAGGAGGAGCAAUGAAGAGUCAAAAUCAAAACCCAGCAGCCUCUGUUUUCAAACUCUUCAAUUCUCAGUGGCAUCUCUUCAAUCUCCUUUCCUGUUUUCUCUUCUUCGCGUUUGGGCUCACGUUUGGACUCAUCCUCAGCUUCUACAUCAAAAGCUUCCCCUUCAAUCUACAGGUCAGCCACUUAUCGCUCUCUUUUUCUCAACAAUCGGCGCCGCCGCCCCCUCCUCCCCUGUCACCGCCGCGGCGCCCGGUGGCCUCAAAGUCAAAUUUCAGCGUGCGCGUGGGGCUGCGGGAGUACAUCAGGCCGCCGCCGGCGAUGCACGACAUGGACGACGAGGAGCUACUGUGGAGAGCUUCGAUGGUUCCUCGAAUUGGGGAAUUUCCAUUCAAGAGAGUACCAAAAGUGGCUUUCAUGUUCUUGACGAGAGGCUCUGUGCCGUUGGCUCCUCUGUGGGAGAAAUUCUUCCGAGGGAAUGAAGGGCUCUACUCGAUUUAUGUUCACGCGAAUCCGUCCUCCAAUGAAUCGGAGCCUGAAGGGUCGAUGUUCCAUGACCGGAGGAUUCCCGGUAAGGAAGUUCAAUGGGGAAAAGCAAGCAUGAUCGAAGCUGAGCGUCGCCUUCUGGCCAAUGCACUUCUGGACUUCUCAAACCAGCGCUUCGUCCUCCUCUCGGAGUCCUGCAUCCCUCUUUUCAACUUCUCCACCAUCCACUCCUACCUCAUCAACUCGACCCAGAGCUUCGUCCAGUUCUACGACCUCCCCGGCCCGGUCGGCCGUGGCCGCUACAGCACCCUCAUGAAACCCUACUUCUCCAUCGACCAAUGGCGAAAGGGGUCUCAGUGGUUCGAGAUGGACCGAGACCUCGCCAUUGAGAUUGUAUCCGACCAGAAGUACUUCCCAGUGUUCCAAAAGUACUGCAGGAACUCGUGUUACUCAGACGAACACUACUUGCCGACCAUGGUGAGCGCUAGGAAGUGGGAGAGGAACUCCAACAGGAGCUUGACAUGGGUGAACUGGGCCAAGGGAGGGCCUCACCCUGCUAGCUUUCAUAGGAAUGAUGUUACUGUGGAGUUCUUGAAGAGGUUGAGGAGUGAGGGACGUUGUGAGUACAAUGGGGAGAAGACCAAUGUGUGCUUCUUGUUUGCAAGGAAGUUCACUCGCAAUGCUUUGGACAGGCUAUUGAGGUUUGCACCAAAGGUGAUGCAGUUCAAUGAGGAAUGAAGAAUUUGAAAAGGAGGAAUUGAUGAUGCAUCUUGAUUGUCGGGGUGCUAAGAUAAAAGGGAUGGCACUUGAUUUAUUCUUGGGUUUUUGUAAGAUGGGGAGGAGGAGGGAUCAUACAUCACUUUUGCCCAAAGCUAGCACAGUGGAUGUUAAAAUUGUUAAUUUACAAUUUAGGAUCUCAGUCAUUUUUUUAAAAAAAUAAUGAUAGUUUAACAAAUAAUCUUCAACAAAAAUUUGUGUAUUCUUUUUUUUUUUUCCGCCAAAGUCGGCCAGACCUAAUUAUUUGAAUGGGUCAAUGCUACUUAUCUUGUUAAUUAAAAUAUGCACACUAUUGUCAAUAGCAUUAAUAAAGCGCUUCUACUUUGAUCA